CUCGGUUUUCACACUAAUCCCUAAGACCCCGCCUCUAAAAUUAGCAUGUUGACCAACCAUCAUAUACGUACGUUCGUUCUGCAACGAGACAUUGAAGAAGCAAACAAAACCAAAAAGAGAAAACAUUUGCUACGUGAAAUAAAAAGCAGAAGAUAUGUUAACUACCAAAUUCAAUUAACUGUUAGGCAAACACACAAUAUUACAAUCUCUGUCUCUCUCUCUCUCUCUCUCUCGAUCGGUGACGGUGCCUCUCUUUGGAAUAAUGAUCAUGAGCUGUGUUGCUCCUACAGUCGUCGUCUUCUCCUCCACCACCUGCUCCUUGUGUGUUUGUGAUUCCAGAAAGAACAAGCCCUACACCUCAAUCAUCCCUUCUUCUCCUCCUGUGAUUCGGCUGAUUCCUGAAUAGAGCCAGUUACCCUUGAAGUCAGAGAUUUUUACGUAGCUGGCCCUUGUAAUUUCCAAACCAGGCCAGACUUCCAACAUAAAACAGUCCAUACCUAUCUUGAAAAUACACUUGUAUGUAUUCUCACAGUAUUACAAUAUGUAGAUCCCCAAUACAAGGCGGAUCACUAAUAGUCCCAUGUAUUCUAAUCCAUGCCAAUCCCAAUCCGAAAUCCAAUAUUCCUAUCCUCCUCUUGAAUUGAGCCUCAAGCCCCCCACUACUUUUGAACCCCAACAAAACCCUUCUCUUAGUAGAAGCUGCUCCUCCACCUCCAUUGAUACCAUGGUCUCCGACUUAUUUUCCCCGGCCUCCUCCUCCUCCACCUCACUAUUAAUGUAUGGGGACUACAUUGGCAUGGAGUCCUGUGUCGACGUUCUAAGCGACGAUGAGUUGAGUUUUGGUCACCGUCAUCAUGAUUGUUAUACUCAGAGAAAAGAAAUGUUAUGUUGGGCGCAGGAGGAGAAGAAGAGAACUUAUGAGGAACUUCCACCUCCAAUUUCGUUGCUGGCGCGUACGGAGAAUCUGACUUCUCACAUGCCUUGGGUUUUGAAGAGGCACUACACCACCGAUGGACGGUUGAUUUUGACGGAGGAGAAGGUUAGGCACCAUGAGUACUUCAGGGCCCACAGAUCCAAUGGCCGUCUUAGAUUGCAGCUUGUCCCUCUUGAUGGCCAGGCUUUGGUUCCGCCAAUCGUUUGUUGCAAUGAUGAGCAUGAGGAUGAGGAGGUGGAUGAUCAUGAUGGGUACUGUAGUGAGUCCGAGGAUCAUGUAUUCUACGAUGACGAUCUGGCUGCUUAUGAUGGUGACAAUGAAGCUUAUGAUUACGAUUACGAUUACGAUUAUGACGAUGACUGCGAUAGUGAUGGUACCAGUGUUGAUGGUUGUCAUCAUCAUGGUGAUGCUGAACAAAUAUUUGAUGCUGUUAGUUCAACUACUGGAUUAGCUGGGAAGUGUCUCAAUAUCAAUGCUGUGAGAACACGGUCGUGCAACUUGGGAGUGCGAGCGCCAGCGAUCAGGCAUGCACACAGUUAACACUCACAAACAUUGUCACUUUCAUCUGUGUAGCUCAUGAGCUCCCAACACCUAAUGGCAUUUUUGGCCAAAAGUCACA